AUGGAGUUGGCGGACCUUCAUAGAUCCGAUGAUGAGAUCUCCCGGCCAGAGUCGAAACCGACGCAAGAGGCUGACGUUGCGCAUUCAGGAAAGGAGGUUGGCCCUGACAAGGAGACUGCAUCCAGCUCAAAUUCUCAGACACCCCCGACUCUCCACGGCAUCCAGUUGAUCGGUCUAUUAUUAUGUCUGUUUCUUGGUAACUUUACUAUUGGAUUUGACAGCAGUUGCAUUGGCACCCUUCUUGUGGUUCUUACCGAUGACUUUAACGCUCUUGAAGAUAUCGGUUGGUACCAAACGACAUACUUAUUGACUUUAUGUGCGCCUAUCUUGGUCAUGGGCCGACUCUACACCUUCUACUCCAUGAAGACGCUUUAUGCUCUCUCCUUCACCGUCUUCGUCGCCGGGUCUAUUCUUACUGCUGCCUCACCUACAUCUACCGCCUUCAUCUUAGGUCGCGCGGUUAGCGGUCUCGGUGCAUCGGGAAUAAACGCUGGCAUGUACAUUAUUCUUGCGCGUACCGUUCCACUUAAGAUUCGACCCACCAUAUUUGGCAUAUGCGGCGCCGUAGAGUGCGCGGCGCUCGCUUUUGGGCCCUUGAUCAGUGGAUCAAUUGCUUAUGGUGACAGUUGGAGGAUCAACUUCUGGAUUAUUGUGGGUCUGGGAACCGCUGUUGCUUUAGGCGUGAUCGUCACUUCAGGUCGUCUGAGUCAGAAUGCGGACGACAAACAACUUGGUGUCAGUCAAAGGUUGAAGGGCCUCGACUGGUAUGGGCUAGUCACACAGCUUCCUAUGACUAUCUGCUUGAUUCUGUGUCUACAAUGGGCUGGUACGACAUACAAGUGGUCGAAUUGGAGAAUCAUCGUCUUACUCGCCCUAACCGGCGUGCUUGCUAUUCUGUUCUUUGUAGCUGAGCGUAUCGGGGGCAAAACAAGCAUGAUCUCCUUGCCACUACUACGACAGCGAAAUGUCGCCUUCAGCUGUGUGGUUGGCUUUUGCAACUUUGCCGCUUUGUGGAUCCUCGACAACUAUCUCCCACUGUAUUUCCAAGUAGUGCGCGGAGCAGAUACCCUGGGUUCAGGUCUGAUGUAUCUACCGACCACGCUAACGUUACUUCUUGGCAGUGUGCUGAGUGUGGCUGGAGCAGCUCUGAUGACCACAUUUGAACCCCAUACGUCUGCAGGACGAUGGAUAGGUUACCAAAUAAUUUACGGUACCGGUGUUGGAAUGGCAUUCCAGCCUCCAUUCAUCGCCCUGCAAAUUGUUCUUGAGCAAUCACUUGUUCCUGCAGGUUUGGUGCUGUUGAACUUUGUGCAGAUGCUCGGUGGUAUCAUAUUUUUAUCCAUCUCGCAAAAUAUAUUCCUGGACAAGCUGGCAAGCAUUCUAACGAAAAACAUCCCGAAUUUGGACGCGGCCACUGUCAAGCAAAAUGGUGCAAGUGGACUUCAGGGCUUCGUGCCUGCUGAAUAUCAACCGGAGAUCAUACUGGCCUAUAAUUCUGCUAUCAUUGACAUAUUGUACAUCGCGCUUGGAUUGGUUAGUGUUGGUCUGAUAGCUGCUCUCGGCUUUGAGUGGAGGCCAAUCGAGAAGGACGAUGAGAAGAACGAUUGA